AUGACUACCCCGAGACAAAAGGCCUGCUUGAGUACGACCCAUUCCUCCUCUGCUGCCCCUCCUGCCCCUCCUGUCCCUCCUCCGAAGUCCAGACAGCCCGACUACUUCGUCACAACCUGCUACGUCCUGACAUACCUCGAGAUUGCCUGGCUAAUAUUGUUGCUUGAUGGCGACGCAAUCACCAACGCGAAGACCCCUGUUAUGGACGAUCUGUCCAAGAGCGCAACCGGCUUCACCGAGCUAGAAGCCUCCUCCCUCGCCGUUGGUCUGCCUGAAGGAUUGAUGGGCAAUUCCGAAGUCGGCCACUUGAACAUUGGCGCUGGACGUGUUGUGUGGCAGGAUGUCGUGCGGAUCGACCAGACCAUCAAGAAGGGGGAGUUCGCCAACACCCCAAUGAUAAAGAAGGUCCUGGAGAGUGCGAAGAACGGCAACGGCCGCCUACAUAUGUGUGGUCUUGUCUCCCACGGCGGUGUGCACGCCAAGCAAGAUCAUCUCUAUGCCCUCCUCAAGGCCGCCAAGACCGCCGGCGUACCCAAGGUCUUUAUCCACUGCUUCGGAGACGGCCGAGAUACCGACCCCAAGUCUGGUGCAGGAUACAUAGAGGAGCUUGUUGGAAAGACCAAGGAGAUUGGCACUGGCCAAAUCGCCACUGUUGUCGGACGAUACUACGCCAUGGACCGUGACAAGAGAUGGGAGAGAGUCGAGCUCGCGCUGAAGGGCAUGAUCCUUGGCGAGGGCGAGGAAAGCUCUGACGCUGUCAAGACUAUCAAGGAAAGGUACGAGAAGGGCGAGAACGACGAGUUCCUGAAGCCAAUCAUCCUUGGCGGCGAAGAGGCCCGUAUCAAGGACGACGACGAGGUCUUCUUCUUCAAUUACCGAUCAGACCGAGUACGACAGAUCACCCAGCUACUCGGCGACGUCGACCGCUCUCCCAGACCCGACUUUCCCUACCCCAAGAUCCACCUGGUUACUAUGACGCAAUACAAGACGGACUACCCCUUCGAGAUCGCUUUCGAGCCCCAGCGCAUGACCGACGUCCUGGCUGAGUGGCUGGGCAAGCAGAAGGUCAAGCAGGUCCAUAUCGCCGAGACUGAGAAGUAUGCGCACGUUACCUUCUUCUUCAAUGGUGGUGUUGAGAAGGUUUUCGCUCUAGAGACCCGUGACGAGUCACAAGAUCUUGUGCCGUCCAACAAGAGUGUAGCCACGUACGACAAGGCUCCUGAGAUGUCUGCCGAGGGUGUUGGCAAGCAAGUCUGCAAGCGACUUGGCGAGCAGGAAUUCCCCUUUGUCAUGAACAACUUCGCUCCCCCUGACAUGGUUGGACACACCGGUGUCUACGAAGCCGCUCUCGUCGGUGUGGAGGCUACCGACAAAGCCAUCGGAAUGAUCCGUGAAGCCUGUAAAAAGGAAGGAUACAUCCUGUUCAUCACCUCCGACCAUGGCAACGCUGAGGAGAUGAAGUUCGCCGACGGUAAGCCCAAGACGUCCCACACCACCAACAAGGUCCCCUUCAUCAUGGACAACGCCCCGGCUGGAUGGUCGUUGAAGAAGACCGAUGGCGUGUUGGGCGAUGUGGCUCCUACAAUCCUGAUCGCGAUGGGACUACCUGUCCCCGAGGACAUGACUGGCCAGUCUCUCUUGAUAGAGGGGUGA